CACAUUUAGUUCGGCUACACCUCUCAGAAAACAUCGCCUCAUCUCCUCUCGACUACAAACAAAAUUCGAAUCUCUCUACACAACCAUCAUGCACGUUUCUGCCACCUACCUUAUGGCCGCCAUUAGUGUCUUCGGGCUGGUUUCUGGUGUCCUUGGAGACGAGAUCCACCGCAUGAAAACCGCCACCGCGUUGCUCCCGCGCGCAACUGGAGUAUAUGGCAACGACAAGAGCUACAAAACGAGCGACACUCCGGUAGAGCGUGGAGUUGACAUGCUCCAAGAUAUAUAAAGAGAGAUGGGCCAACAAGUGGAUACGGAGCUUACUCUACGACCUGAGAAUGCUGGUGGUUCUGGGAACGAAAUCUCAAUCUUCAAGAAGCUGAUGGACGAGCCGAACACUGGAGACAGUAUUACGGACCCUCUGAAGGACCACGGGUGUGUGUCGGCAAAUAAGAAGGUUACGAAGUUGGUUAUGGAUACGUCUAUAUCCGGAGAAUUUGUCAAGUUUACAUGCUGUAUUCGCGAGUAAGAUAGGGGAAUGCUAGGCGGGUUUUGUCAGAUAGCCU